CUCGUGCACAGGACGCAGUGCAAAUAAGAUUUCGCAGGUAGCUGUUGCUUUAUUCGUGUGUUUGGACUGGAUCUUGCUCAACCGGGAUGUUUUUCCACCAGCCCAAGUGCUUGCUCAUCCUCACAUGAUGCGGCCAUCCUGUGCAGAACACUGGAACUAUUGACCACCAGUAGCAGCAGCCAGCACCCAAGCAACAUUCCAGCCACUGGAGGAAGGGGCAGGAGUAGUUUGGAAAGGCGGCCUGUCGCUCUCAACAUCUCAACACCCUCACUGACUAGACAGGAGUGAUUAGCCUCUUUGGAUGCAGAUUGUUUGUUUAUCUCUCUGCCUCGGCCUGGCUGUGGCGUUUGCUGGCCAGCACGCAGAGCAGGAUGCCCAGCAUGCCGUCAGGAGGCGUCACAGACGCGUGGCCGUACACGGCAAAGUCUGGUUGACCAAAAACUGCAUCUGGUUGGGCGGCCUUCUCCGCCGAAAGAACGCGGUCGUCAAAAAGUUGGCGGAUGCCGCGGCUGCUGUUAUGAGAGACCAAACCCUUUCAGACCCUGAGCGUCACUUUCAGGUGCACACAAUCCAGGUUUUCCAGAAGGAGUUGAAUGAGAGCGAGCACAUGGUGUUCCAGGCGGUGCAGAGUCUGCAGAGGGCGCUGCAGGGCGACUAUCGGGAUGUGGGCAACAUUAAGGAGAGUAGUAAGCAAAGAUUGGAGGCACUCCGGGAAGCGGCCAUUCAGGAGGAGCAGGACUAUGUUGAACUGGUGGCUGCAGAGAAGCACCAGCAAGAGGCCGUCAAAAGCGUCCUUGCCCGGAAUAAGACUCGGUCCAUUAUGGAUGAGAUCCUGGAGGACGUCAGGAAGGCAGCGGACCGACUCGAAGAGGAGAUUGAAGAGCACGCCUUUGACAACAACAAGCAGAUGCAAGGAGUCAACAUAGAAGCGGUGCUGAGGGUGGAGGAUGACGAGGAGAACGGAGGCAAGAGAAGAAACAAAUCGAAUCAGAGGGAAGCGGAAGACGACUUGGGCCUGAGCAUGCUCAUUGACUCGCAAAACAAUCAAUACGUGCUGACCAAACCCAGAGAUUCCACAAUGCCGAGAGCUGACCAUCAUUUUAUCAAGGAUUUGGUGUCAGUGGUGAUGUUGUCGCUCCCCUGCGGCUGGAUGUGCACCCUGGUAGGUCUUCCUCCCAUGUUUGGAUACAUCAUCUGCGGAGUCCUGCUGGGACCGUCCGGGCUCAACAGCAUCAAGUCGAUGGUGCAAGUGCAGACUUUGGGAGAACUGGGCGUGUUCUUUACCCUCUUUGUGGUCGGACUGGAGUUCUCACCCGAGCGUCUCCGUAAGGUCUGGAAGACAUCAGUGCAGGUCUCCUGCUACUUGUGUCUCCUUAUGGUUGUGAGCGGUUUGUUGUGGGGACAAGUGCUGCACAUUCAGCCCAUCCAAACAGUCUUCAUCGCCACGUGUCUGUCGCUGUCCAGCACCCCGCUCGUGUCUCGUUUCUUAGCUGGAGCGAGUAGAGGGGAGAAGGAAGGUGACCUUGACUACAGCAGCGUCCUCCUCGGGACAUUAGUCAUGCAAGACGUUCAGCUCGGCCUGCUCAUCGCCGUUAUGCCUACUAUGAUCCAGGCUCAAAGUGGAGAUGCAGACAGCUUCUUGUUCGAGAGCCUCCGUGUGCUGAAACUACUGGCGCAGGUCGUGGUGUCUCUGGCUGUGGUGAUGCUCCUCUGCGUCCUGCUGAGAUCCUUUGUGGUUGGCCCCUUUUAUAAGAAACUUCACGCUGAGAGCAAAGGCAGCAAGGAGAUCCUGGUGCUGGGGAUUGCGGCUUUUGUGUUUUUCAUGCUGACGGUUACCGAGUUUCUGGAGGUUUCAAUGGAGUUGGGCUGUUUCCUGGCCGGAGCGUUGCUGUCCUCCCAGGGUCACAUGGUCACGGCGGAGGUCAAAGGAUGCUUCGAGCCUAUUCAAGAUUUCCUCGUCAUCAUCUUCUUUGCUUCCAUCGGUUUCCACGUGUUCCCGACAUUCGUACUGUAUGAACUCACCGUUCUGGUGGCACUCACGCUCACACUUGUCAUCUUGAAGUUCAUGAUGGCCGUGCUGGUGCUGUCCGUGAUCUUGCCACCCGGCUCUCGUCAUAUCCGCUGGAUCGUCUCAGCAGGUCUGGCGCAGGUCAGCGAGUUCUCCUUUGUCCUCAGCAGCCGUGCGCGGCGUGCAGGCAUCAUCUCGAGAGAGGUGUACCUGCUGGUUCUCAGUGUCAGCACGCUCAGUUUGCUGCUGGCGCCCAUCCUGUGGAGAGUGACGACACACAGAUGGGUCUCACGAAGAACUUUGGGUAUCACAUGACCACACUCGCUUUCCGGAAGAGCUGUUACUGGGAGGUGGAAAAUCCAGCAGCAUUGGUGCAAUUCACAUUUAUUUGCCAGCACAGCAGAGUGACAUUUUCUCAUCUGAUCUCAUCGAAUGGCAACUUUGUUUGCUGAUCUCGCUUCGAGAUAUGUUGAUAACUCACCUUCCAAAAUACUCCAACAUUCUUCCACCAUAUUCUUCUUUUGUCACUCGUGUAAUACCGUCAACUUCUGUGUGCUCCAUCAUCCGUUCCAAUGUUCUCCAUGUCAAAGAUUUGCCACCAGGUAGCAGCAUGUUGCAGAGAUUUGAAAUGUUGGGACCUUUUAUGAAGUUCCUUGAGCAGUCUCCGCUCAACAAUUACAUUUUAACCACUUUAUUGAGGAUUCCAAGCAAUUCCAGCGAUGCACAUGCAUUUUUCCUGCAACAGAAAAAAA